GUGGCUGAGCGCUGAGCGCUGAGUGCUCAGAUCCGCAUCACGCCGCCACGCGCAUCAACGACAUCAAAAUCCCUGAGUAUAUGCGCAUUGCAUAACUACCACCAUGAGCCAGCUUGAAUCUGACAACGGCAAUGAUGUUUAUGACAAUACUAGAGUCCACGAUGAUGAUUUGGAUGCAGAAAAUGAACCUUCUGGCGAGAGCAUGUACAACAACGGCAAGGGCAUCACAGUCUCUGUGACAUUUACCCCGCUUCUACCACCUCCAGCAACUGGAGAAAAACGUCGGAAAAAUGCUAAAUCACAGCCCAUAAACCGUGCUUUCUUCAUCCACGAAGAUUCCACCCUUCGAAACCUUCUUGAUACAACAUUCGAGCAGUAUGAUAUCUCCGACAAAAUGAUGUAUGGUAUUGGCAAUCGAUCGGGUCUUCUCGCUCCUACGAACUUCACCAUCACCUAUACAAUCCUUCGCACGAACUAUAAGAAUAUCGUUCUCGGAAACCUUAGUGAUUUCACUACGAUCAUGGAAGAAGUCAAAGAGUACCGGUCACCAGCCUUCAAAUUGACUAUUGUCGAGACAAAGUAUGACAACGGCGAAGAAGCUGAGGAUGAAGAAGCUGACUCAGAUGAACCUGCAGGAAAGAGAGCUGCUACAGGUCCAACUGACGAAGAGAUGGAGCAAAAUGAAGCAAUUGCAAACUUGACUCGCCAGUACACAUGUGAAGACCGAGCAUGUAGUUUUUGUAUCUGCUGGCCAGCUCCGCCAGAGGCCAAGCACAUCAACUUGACACCAUUACAUCUCAACACAUGGGCUGCUGCAAUGGUCCGCAUGAUGUUCCAAAGUAUAUCGUCUUUGCACAUUACUGAUAAUAGGCAUUAUUGUGGGAUAGGUUGGUCCGAACAAGCAGCCAGGUGUUGAUUUAGACAAUCCACCAAACACAAAGAUUUUCGACGUUACAUACACAGAUCCAACUGACAUCGCAAUGCUCUCACAACAACAUCUCAAUGCAGUUACACAGACUCAAUCCUCCGCACCAAGUAUUGUCAUCAAUAACGACUUCAAGGAUAUUGUUGGCCUCCUGAAUGGUGACCGUGGACCUGAUCCUGCUAUCAAGAAUGCUCCACAGCCUGUUCUCUGUCAACAACCUGCUGCCCUUCGACCGAAAUUGAGUUUACUCGAUUUUUGCAACCGAUUCGACCUUUCGCAAUGGCUAUGUGAGAAGUUGGACGAGAUUGAUGUGACUGGCCCACACUGCCUUCGGUUCCUUCAGAAUGCUGACCUACUUGGUGCUGGACUAUCUCUUGGCGAGCUCACAGAUAUUCGUGAUGCGGAGGAACGGUGGA